ACGCAUCCCCACUCUCGCGACCCAUCACGCUCUAACAUAUCAAGCGUUGUAGGAAAAAAAAAAGGUGACGGGAAGGCAAUUCUUGUUCCUGUAUCCAAUUUUCUUCUUCUCCUCUUUCUACUACUUAUUCCCGAGCUUUGAAGAUGCCUGCUAGGAAGAAGGGAAGAAAGGUUGCACAGAAGAAAAAGUUAAACGCCGGCGGGAGGGGUGCGCCCGUGGCAAGGAUAGCCACAACCACGGCGACGACGACGACUAGGAAGCGAAAGGCGACGUUCCCGUCUUUUACGGAUGGUCCUACCGAUGGGAGUAGUUCCUCCGGUGACAACAGUAGUGGGAGGGUGAGCGAUGACGACGAUGGGGACGGUUCUGACAUUGGCGUCCGGGCAUCCGGACGCAAGGGCAAGAGUAAAGGAAAAGGGAAAGGAAAAGGAAAAGGAAUAGCGAUAGCACAGGUUACAAUUGACAGCGGGAGUGAUGAGGGCCAGGAAGACGAAGAAGGUGGAGCUGACGAUGAGGAAGACGAUAUGCAAUGGGAGGACGUACUAAAUGUCAUCUCUGCACAGGAGCCGGUGGAGACGGCGGGUGGUGCGCCUUCUUCCACUCCAAAUCCUAAGCGGGAUCUGGAGCUUACGCUUAAUCGCGGUAAGACUCAGCUCAGGUAUUUUCCAUUUUUCCGAUCACACCAUGCUAUUCGAUUCAUCCUGACACAGCAACAGCAUUAGUAGCUCAAGGAAGAAAAAAGGCGCUUCGGCCGCAGAGCGGCAGAUUAGGCUUGUGACACACUGUUUGCACGUACAAUACCUACUCUUCCACGGGAGCAUACGCAAUCGCUGGCUCUGCGAUCCGGAGCUCCAGGCUAUUCUACUCUCGCAUCUGAGUCCUUCGUUACUUCAAGACGUAGAGAGAUUGCAGAAAACGCAGGGUAAACACUCCGCUGCUGGUAAAAGCCCGGGAGGUGCGGAUCCGGCUUUAAAGGUCCUGGCUAGUCUAAUGCAUUGGUGGAAGAAACGGUUCACUAUCACUCGACCGGGGUUGAGGAAGAAUGGGUACAAGCCAAUGUCACAGUUUGUGAUCGAGAGGGAUGAAGUUCUGGCCAAUCGGCUGCAAGGCCUAUCGCAAGGAGCGGAUGGUGGGUUUAAGUUUACUACGGGCCGCACGGACGAGCGUGGAGAGCCGAUGUACACGAUUUUCAAGGAUGAGGGGGAGAGAGUGGAGAGCUUGCAGGAGUUUAGGGAAAUGGCGAGGGAGUGUAGUGGGAGUAGGGAUGUUGGUGCUGUAUUUUUUACGGCCCUGUUGAGGGCUCUAGGACUUGAAGCUAGGAUGGUGUUCUCCCUGCAGCCAUUGGGGUUUGGUUUCACAGAGCGAGAGACGUUUUCAGGAAAGGUGCAUGCUGUAGUAGGCAGUGCUGGGGGAGGACCAGAAGGAGAAAGGGGACGAGUGGAGGGGGGUGUGGGAGUGGAGUGUGAAAAAAGGACUGAGGGAAAUGGUAAGAAGGCUGCAGCAAGAAAACCUGCAAGAAAGCCUACGAGAAGGUCUCCAAGAAAGUCUGCGAGAAAGCGCCAGCGCCUAGACGUGGAGUCUUUGUCAAGUGCCCUUGGAUCCGAAAGCGAAUGGAGCGGUGAUAGUGAGAUGGAGGAAGACGACGAGGAGGAAGAAGAAGAAGGUGUUUUCGUCCGUAAAGAUAUGAAAGCUAAGAAAAAGACUCCCACAAAAAAACGUAUGUCUUUCAAUUUCCGUCUCGUGCACGUCAAUGAUAACCAAGAUGGGAUACCGCAGAACUCCCCGAAAUCGAGCCCACAACAAUAGAUCAAGGCCUCCCCUAUCCAAUCUUUUGGACCGAAGUGUAUUCUCCCACUACAUCUACCUGGAUCACCAUAGACCCACUCGUCCUCACAGCACUGGGCUCCGCACCCGACAUCCUCUCCAAAUUCGAGCCAAAGGGCAAAAAUGCCGUCGAAUCUAAGCAGGUGAUCGCUUACGUACUAGCAUAUUCUGACAAUGGCACUGCAAAAGAUGUGACAGUAAGAUACCUAGCUAAGAACGCCUUUCCGGGGAAAGCCAAAGGCUUUCGAAUACUCCCUUCUGAGGUCCCCGUGUAUGAUAUUGAGGGGGAGAUAGUCGCCAUGCAUAAGCGUGAUUGGUUCGGGAAUGUCAUGAGGGGGUACCAGGUGCGUGGGAAACCAAAGCUUGAGCGGGACGUCAAGGAAGAUGAGGAAUUGGUUGGGGUUGCUGCGGCUGAGACGAAAUCCUUUGCUGGAAAUGGGAGGGAGAGUAUUGGGUGGUAUAAAGAUCAUCCGGAGUAUGGCUUCUUUCUUCCUUCUCAUCCUGCCUUACGCCCUUGCCUGACCUACUCUUGCAUUCGCCAAGUCCCCUGCCAAAUACUUUAAAUGCUUGCUACUCUUUACUGACACCUUAUUCUUCUAAUCUUAUCCUAAUAGAUAUAUUCUAGAACGCCAUUUAAAGCGCGAUGAAGCCAUCAAGCCUGGGAAGCCGCACGUCAAGAUAUUCAUAUCAGGAAAAGGCGCGAAGGCCAAAGACGAGAAAGUCUACUCCCGACAGGACAUGGUUUCCUGCAAGUCCGUCGAGAACUGGUACCGUGAGGGGAGGGUCAUUAAGGAAGGCGAGCAAGCCCUUAAGAAGGUGAAGCCGCGUGCUGCAACUCUCAAUCGGAAACGGGAGAUUGAGGAUGCGCAGAGGGAUGGGGAGACUGUAUUGCAGGGACUUUAUUCCUUGGGGCAGACGGAGUACGUGAUCACGAGCUGUCACUCGGUUGGCUUUUCAAGUUUGCGAUCUAUUUGCUGAUUGGCGCGCGGCUAUGAUAGAGAAUAUUCGCCACCGGAUAUUAUCAACGGGGAGAUUCCUAGGAAUAAGUAUGGGAACAUAGAUAUUUAUACCCAGUCUAUGAUUCCUGCUGGCGCGGUGCACUUGCCGUUGAAAGGGUCUGCGAGGGUCGCGAAGAAGUUGAAGAUUAGCUACGCGGAUGCUGUUACGGGGUUUGAGUUUAUGAGUGAGUGUUUUAUAAUUUUUUGAGGCCUACAGGGGGUUCCGUUGCUAUAUCGGCUGAGAACUAAUAUCUGGGGGUUGAAGAUCGGCGGGCAGCCCCAUACAUUGAUGGAAUAGUCAUCGCUGCGGAAAAUGAAGAUAUCGUCAGAGACGCCUGGGAAGAGGAACAAGUGCAAAGGAAGAUCAAAGAGGACGGAAAGCGAGAGAAGGCCGCAUUGACUCUAUGGAGGAGGUUCAUUGUUGGAUUGAGAAUUGUCCAGCGUUUACAUGAAGUAUAUGAAGAUGGUGAUGGCAUGGAAGAAGUCAACCCUUUCACUGCAAAAAAGUUUCGUGGGAAGGGGAAGGCUGUGCAGGGUGCCCAUAACGAAGAAGGGGGGGGCGGUGGGUUCAUUAACAGUGGUGCUAGUGAUGAUGAGCCCGGUGGUUUCACAAGAGGCAGCGAAGAUGAAGACAUGGAGAUGAGUGGUGGCGGCGGCUUCCUUCUCGAUAUCGAGGAAGACCCCUCCGACAAGGCACCUAUCCGGAAAAAUUCCAUCCCUACGCAAGCAAUGUCAAUGAGAGAAAUGCUAGCGCAGAAGCAAAGGGAUGCCCAAUCGAUCUUUGACUCCGAGGAAGAACCCGAGGAUGCUAAUGGCUCUAUGGAGCCUAAAUCUUCGCCCUUUGUCGAUCAAACGCCGCCGGCUACAAGAAAGAGAGCUGGGAAGAAGAAAGACCCGGUAGUAGUAGUUGUCAUGAAGAAGCCCGCUGAGCCGGCGAAGAAGAAUCCGAAGCGCAAGGCAGCCCCAAAGACUGGGACGCGGAGCAAGUACUUUGUGGAUGAACCUGCGAAUGCCCCUGAAGAGGUUUUUACCCCGAGGAGGAGUUUGCGGAAGCGGGGGUGAUUUUGCUAUGAUAGUUCUCGUUCACUCGCGCUUUCUACUUGUAUGACAUUGCUUAUGUGUUGAAUCGGAUGGUGAGGUGGUGAGGUGAUUUUUUAUCGGGGAGUUGCGCCGGAAGGUCAUGUCAUUUUCCACUUGAUUGUACUGUAUAAUACCAUAUCGUAUUGUAGACAAACCGUAAAACCAACAAGAAAGCGUGUCAAUCCAUCCAAGAAUGAACAGUUCAUCUCUCCAGGCUCCAGAUCUCCAUAUUAAUAAACCUCCCUUGAAAACCCCCGAUCGCAUUCAGAAGUUCAAUUAAGCUGCACCGUUGCCAAG